GUUGUCUGUACGCCGGCCAUGGGAGCCGACCAGUCAAAGCCCUCCCAAGACGCAGAAAAAAUCGUCUACGGCGACCAGAGCAGUGUGAACUUCUCUGCUGACUUGCUCUCGCACCUCUCGGACACCCAUGCUUCUCCACACCCUACACCCGAGCGACAGGAAACACUUGAUGCGCACAUCCGUUCCCGGAUUCAUGCUGAGCUCCAGAGACUGCAGCACGAAGAGACAGAAGUGAGAGCAGAGAUCGAGCGUGUGUUGGAGAAGGAGAACUUGGAUAGGGAGGCUGCGUCCGUCUCCGCCUCCGCCCCUGCGGAAGGGGAGGGGGAGGAGGGUGCAGUAGAGGAGAAAGAAGUCGCUGGGCCGGGAGCGGUGCACAGCGGGAUACUGAGCAGGGAUAUGGAAGAGCUGAGGAAGAAAGUCGAGAGGUUCGAGAGUGGGAAGAUGAUGCGUGGUGAAGGGCGUGAAGAGGUGAAGGAGAAACAAGACGCUCUGGUCGCUUGCUACAAGGCGAAUCCAACACGGUCACUUGAUUGUUGGCGGGAAGUAGGGGAGUUCAAAGCAUCUGUGGCGAAAUUGGAAGAUAGAUACAUCCGAUCAUUCCAAUAGCCUGUACAUCCCUAGACCUCAUCUCCCAUCACGGCAAAUCUCCGCAGAUGGACAGAUGAACCA